CUUUCUUUUCAUUUUUAUAUUGAUUUAUUAAUUUAUAUUGAAACGCUCUGUACAAACUGUUUGUCUCCUCCUGUCUUAUAUCCGCGAGCCUUAUGCAUUAACGUUAAUAAAAAGCCUGUAAUCAGCAAAGCAAUGAAGCAUAAGCAGGAAAAAUAAAGAUUACACAUCGGUCAAGCAUCGAUUCACCAGACGCAAUUCUGAACCAGUCGUAUUUUGUGAUGCGUAUGAACAUACACAUCACAUUCGGCCAUCGAGCCAUACAAUUAAUGCAACCAGUAACUAUAGCCGCAACUAUACAUAUAUGUACAUAUGCAGACUAGCACUAUACUCAUAUAUAUAUAUAUAUAGGUACUGCCAGCAACAGCAACACACAACAGUGACUGUGUACAAACGGUGCAACGCGUGACACACAUCCACAGGCAAAAGUGUACACACGUAGGUAUAUACGUGUGCACGCACUAUUAUUAAAUAUUAAUAUAGAGGAUAUACAUCGCAGCAACAGUCAUACCGAGGAGUCAGAUCAAAGGAAUUGAAUUAAUCAGAAAAAAAACGAGCGAUGCGUAAGUAACGUGUCUCUCGAGGGAUGAUAAGGGGCGUCGGGGUAGCCUGUAACAAGUGGCAUAAGUGGGUGGAGCUUUAAUAUUACACGACACAGCAGCAGUAUAUAGCAUCAGCAGCGAACUGUAAGCAACCGUGCUGACUGCUGCGAUCGUUGAAUCAUCUUUGAGAAGCUCGUUGUUAUUGCAAUCACUGGCCACACGACCCUACAAUGCAUAACGUCGUAAAUGGCUCGCACCAAAGUGGAUCGCUCUGAUAACUGGAACUCGAUUCUCGCAACGUCACUAUUUGAGCUACACUUCGGAGCAGGGUAAUCGAGCCCGAUCGACUUCGAGUUGCAACAAGAGAAACGUACGAAUCGAAAUGACUGACGUAUUGGAAGGAUCACAGCAAAAUAACGAAGUAGUAGAUUAUAAUGAUAUUGGAGCUGAUGAGGAUGAGGGCUCAGAUGGUGUAAUUGUGCCUGAACUCCAGGGGACUUUAUCAAAGUGGACCAACUAUAUACACGGCUGGCAGACACGUUUCAUUGUGCUAAAAGAUGGCACUCUAUCUUAUUACAAAUCUGAACAAGAUAGCGGAUUUGGCUGUCGCGGCUCUAUAAGUCUUUACAAGGCAGAUAUAAAAGCUCAUGAAUUUGAUGAGUGUAGAUUCGAUGUGUCUGUGAAUGACUGCUUGGUAUGGUACUUGAGAGCUAAUCUACCAGAAGAGAGACAACGUUGGAUAGAUGUUUUAAAGUCGUACAAGGCUGAAUCUGGAUAUGGCAGUGAAAACAGUUUGAAACGUCACGGCAGUGCCAUAUCUUUGGUAUCAAACACACAGUCAACGGCCAGUGCUGGUAGUUUUAGUAAAAGAGGUGUCAGGGGGUUAAAGGAAAAAUUAGCAGAGAUAGAAACAUUCAAAGAUAUAUUAGUGCAACAAGUGGAUACACUUCAAAAAUACUUUGAUGAUUGUGCAGAGAAUGCUAAAAACUUACAGGGUAAAGGUCAACCAAGCGAAGAUAAAGUUAAUGACGUUUCAUUUAAUCCAGCUGAACAGGCAAUCGACUUUAAAGGUGAAGCUAUCACUUUUAAGGCUACAAGCGAGGGAGUGAUAGCAACUCUGCAGCAUUGCGUUGAUUUGAUGGUACAACGUGAAGACGCUUGGCGUAAACGUUGGGAAAAAGAAAUGGAAAAACGACGAAAAUUACAAGAAAUUUGCAGGUCAUUGAAGGAUCAAGUUACGUCAAACGGAGGUGUUUCUGGUAGACCGAGAGUUGUGAUCCACGGCGGACCUGAUUAUGAAGAGGGACCACACAGUGCAUUGUGCGACGAGGAAUUCUAUGAUGCUAUGGAAACAGGUCUUGAUAAAAUUGAUGAAGAUAAUCAAAUAAAAGAUAGAUUGAAGCAGAAAUCAGUUGCAAUCCCAACAACUCCUACGACACCAGCUGCAAAGCACCGACUUUGGCCUGAAAUAAAUAGGAUAACAUUGGAGCAGUUGCAUUAUGCCCGAUUAGGAGUAGGUGCUGGAGGCUGGCAGUUGUUUGCUGAAGAUGGGGAUAUGCGAAUGUACAGGCGAGAAGAAGAGGCUGAUGGCCUAGUUGUUGAUCCUUUGAAGGCGUGUCACGUUGUUAAGGGUGUUACUGGUCAAGAAGUUUGUAAAAUAUUCUUUAGUCCUGAGUAUCGCAGCGGUUGGGAGGCUACAUUAGAAGAUAUGACAGUGAUAGAAAAUAUAUCUAAGGAUACUUUAGUCUUUUUACAAACACACAAACGAAUUUGGCCUGCAAGUCAAAGAGAUGCUUUAUUUUGGUCGCAUAUGCGUAAGGUGCCGGAUGAUCAGGAUCCAGAUGCACAAGAUUUGUGGAUUGUAUGCAAUCACAGUACAGAACAUCCAGAUUAUCCACCAAACGCCGGAAAAUGCGUCCGAGUUUAUUUGACAGUUUGUCUUGUUUGCCAAACAUUUAUUGACCCACCAAAAGAAAAUGAAAAAAUUAAAAGAGAAGACAUUACUUGCAAAAUAACAUACUGUUCAGUUGUAAAUCCCGGUGGAUGGGCUCCAGCAUCGGUUCUUCGUGCUGUCUACAAGCGGGAGUACCCAAAGUUUCUGAAGCGCUUUACUAAUUUUUGUAUUGAUCAAUGCAAAGAUAAGCCAAUCGUAUUCUAAACGUUAGUCCCGGCACUUUUUAAUCCUUCCGCGCAACGAUACAGCGCAAUAUUGCAUUAGCAGAACGCCUACAUGUUACAAUAAGCUAAUUAUUUUAUGCGCACGUUAUCAUUCGUAAUUCAAAUUUUUUUCAGGUUUGUUAUUAUAUUAUAUAAAGUUGUACGUACAAUUUACAAUUCUCUGAAGUAUGAUUGACAUUUACAAAUGAUGCACCAGUUAUACACAUUUAAUGGCGGCUACGCCGUUUUUGUACAUAAGCAGACGCGCAGAGUUUUCUGUCCUUGACUGUUGCAACUUUUUUCAUGUAAAACGUCCGUGUGACGUCCAGUUGUACAAAUUUUCUGAUUGAAGCAUACAUGCACUAUGUGUACCUAUUGUGACACUUUGCCAUACACGACAAAUUGUAUUAUAACAUAUUGCGAAUUAAAUUGUUAUUUUUAUUUAUAUAAAAAAAAAAUAUGUAUAUCGGUGUGAAGAACAGAUCGAAAAUAUGGAACAUAAUAAAGACUGUUAGCGUAUUGCUUACUUUUACAUAGAAAAAUUCAUUACAUUA